AAGGUGAACAAGACUAUCAAUGCACACCUUAUGUACGCCUCACUAACAUAAAUUGUGGAUAAUCUGCAACCUGUUCCUAGUUUUCUUACUUAAUUACUCUUUAAGAUAAAUCAUAGACUGCUAAUUAUUGAAGCAUUGAAUAGUUUACUGAAUGCAUAACAUUGUUGUUCUUGGAGUAAUAUUUCAAAUUAUUUAACCGUAUUUAACUAGUCCAGUUGAUUCAAUAAUCUUGUUAUUUUUGGCCAUGCAAUUUCGAAAAUUAGAAAUGAGGCUAGUGAAAAUAAGUUUACCGAAAAUGGUAAUUUUUGCAAUAACUACUGUUUUAUUUUUCUCUCUUCCUGGAAAUAUUUUAUCCCGUCCUGACUACGGAUUCUCAACGUAUUGUCAACCGUGCAUUUCUCCCUGUGCAAAACAUCCCGAAAAGAAUUACUAUUUUUGUAAUACUUAUGAUUGGACAUGGGAGAACAAAGUGUGGACUUGGGACUACUGUUCACUGUCAGAAAAUUCAGACCACAUUGGAAGAAAUUGCUCAUCAGCUUGUGCCUAUCAUGGUGAAGGUUAUCAGUGGUGCACAAGUGAUGAAGACUGGGGUUAUUGUUCGGGACCGUUUUGCGUCUCCCAAGCGACCGAAUUACCAGACUACGGUUACUCUACCUACUGCCAGUCAUGUAUUACACCCUGCCAGCAGACAAAGUCUCAAAAUUACUGGUGUGGAACUAGGAAAUGGAAAUUUGACAAUAAAACUUGGACAUGGGAUUACUGCUCUCCAAAUAGUGGGGUCGACUUUCAGGGGAGUAGAUGCUUAGGAAUAUGCAAAUUCAGAAACGGACUCAAGUACCAAUCGUGCCCAACUGAAAAACAGGGUGGAAAGGGAUAUUGUACUGGAAAAGGCAAUGUGUUGUGUGACUUUUUGCCAAAGUUUGAUUGAUGAACGUUACAAAAUGGUUCCUGCUUGGUGAAAUCAUUUUUUUCACUUAAAGUGACAGCACAUCUGGAAAUUUAUUUAGUCAUGCACACAUGCGUACAUUUAUUUAUAAAUAAAAUGCCAAUAAGCACAAUUAAACAUGUACAUAUUUGCUAAAAAUGUAAUGGACUGAUUUUGUGUUAACAAAUAAAUCCUCAUUAUUAUUAUA